AUGCUUGGCUUCUCUUCUUCUGUAUCACAACAUGGGCCUUCAAGGCACCUUCAAGCUCUCUUUUUCUUCAUCUUGGUCUUUCCUGCCCUAGCUCUCAACUCUGGUGAAACCUGGUCCAAGGCCCAAACCUCAUCUGCCUACAAGAACCUUCCCGAGUGCGCCAGAACCUGCAUUGCCCAAGUUGACAACAGCUUGAGUUGUUGGAGCUAUGGCUGCGUUUGCUCCGAGAAUACCGUUGGCAAGAACUUCAUUGACGGUGCCAACUAUGUUCAGAAAUGCGUCCGGGAUGAUUGUCCCAAGGGAAGCGAGUCUGUCGUCAAUAAUGCUCUGGAUGUGUUUCAGUCGAUUUGUGAGGUCGAGUACUUUGAGUUUAGUGACUCGACCACUGCGACUGUUACUGCCACCAUAGCCCCGACUGCUACACCCACAUUCGACGCCAGCAAGGUCGUCAUGAUUGACAAACCCGACGGCUCGUACAAGGCCCUCGAUUCAUGCGUCCGCUGGGUUCUCAACGGCUGCGACAGUCCCAAAGACAACAAGGACAACUGCAAGCCCGCACGCCCAGGCAAUCACGGCGAUAUCUGGACAGGCCUUGGUGCGUACCUCCAGUGCUCAACGGCCGAGUGCGUCUGCGGUGGCUCGCGGUUCUUCUACUCGUCGCAGAAGCUAUACGAGCGCGCAGACCUUUACUGCAGUAUUGGGUUUCCCUACGAAGGCAGUGACACUAAUGAGGCGUUUCAGCUCACGAUGGGGAUGCUGGCUGAUUACUGCUCUACCGAAGGGUUUGUUCUAGGGAAGUGGAUUAUUACACUGUUUGGGACAAAGAAGGAAACGGGAAUGACUCAGGAAACCAAGGUUGCUAUAGGAUUUGGUGUACUUAGUGGAGUCCUCACAAUUAUCAGCAUUGCGUUAACUUGCUGUACAUUGCGCAGGAAGGCGUAA